AAGAGGAGGAGGAGGAGGAGGUAGCAGGCAAGACACAAAGGUCAGCAGCAUCUAGUUCAUUGAGUCGAGUGACAGAACAGUCAGAGGUGUAAGACAGGAGAGGCUGGCAUGUUUUGACUUUAUUUGUAUUAUUUUAUUCUGCUAAGGUUUGUGGGGAGGAAAAAAAUAAAGCAGAAACACAAAAAAAAAGCUUUGAGAAUUAAGAAGAGCCUGGUAUCAUCAUCUAAUAUUUGGGUAUCAUGACACAGCAGCUCAGCGGUUCACCGUUCCUCAAGCCUUUCUUUCUGAAGACGCCUGUCAGAGUGGUGAGUCCUCUGCGACAGCGGCGGCACACACUCCCAGCCAGUGAGUUCAGGAACCUCACACCACAGGAUGCCAUCAGUGUGUUUGAGAUUGAAAGAGAAGCAUUUGUUUCUGUCUCAGGAGAGUGUCCACUGACGCUGGAUGAGGUGCUUAACUUCCUGGGUCAGUGUCCUGAGCUGUCACUGGGUUGGUUUGAGGAGGGACAGCUGGUCGCUUUCAUCAUUGGUUCUGGUUGGGACAAGGAGAGACUUUCACAGGAGGCAAUGACUCAGCAUGUCCCAGACACCCCCACAGUCCACAUCCAUGUGCUGUCGGUCCACCGUCACUGUCGUCAACAAGGCAAAGGCUCCAUCCUGUUGUGGCGUUACUUACAGUACCUGCGCUGCAUGCCAGGCCUCCGUCGCGCUCUGCUGAUCUGUGAGGACUUCCUGGUGCCCUUCUACCUCAAAGCUGGCUUCAAGGAGAAAGGGCCAUCAGCCAUCAGUGUAUCAAACAUGCACUUCCAGGAGAUGGAGUAUUUGCUGCGCGGGCAGGCAUAUGCACGGCGAAACAGUGGCUGCUAAUCACAAAACCCCAACACCCCCCCGCCCCAUCCUACUUUCCCUUUCUUCAGCUCUAACAGGACUCAGGGUAGCAAAGAUUAACAACACAUAGCAGAUAGACAGACAGAGGUACAGGGCCAGUAUGCACCUCCUAUCGUCACAGUAUUCCAUGAACAACUGAAGGAAAACUGUGUGAUGACAAAGGGGAGAGUGAAAAACAUCUUCAAGGUUAACAAUUAAAUAUAUGAGACAUCUAAUAUGUUAUUUGUUACUAGUGGCAUCUUCGUUUGCCACAAAUUAGUGCUGUUUUUCCAUUUGUUUGGCAAAUAUGUUGAGCUGCAUUAAUAGAAAAUACCUUGAAUAACAUAAUAAGUUCUGAUAGAAGUACGAUUUUUAUUUUGGUCAGUAAUUUGGAAAGUUGUGGUACCUACUAAGGAUGUGCAGAGAGCCCUGUAUUUGUAUUGUAUCUGUAUUUGUUAAGGCAGCAAACUUAUUUGUAUUUGAAUAAAAGUGGAAAUACCAUAAAUGUU